AUGUUUUCUCUCAGAUCAACUGAAAGAGUGGCUAGUGGUAGAGUUGCAUUAGAAAAUGAAGUCCCAUUACAACUGCUGCCUGAUCUUACAACAAAUUUGCAAUGGGAUGAGGUUAAACCACUUUCAGGAAAACUAUACUGGCAUACUGUUCUUGCACGUUCAAAUCUCCAUUCCCGUUAUUAUAUGUGGCCUCCUACCAACGUACGGUUAAAACUUCCUUCAUGUGAGGUCCCCACCACUCUCACUUGUAAGGGCAAGAGCUGGGACAUGGUGUAUUGUGGACAAAACAAACAGCAGGUUUUCAAUGUUGCAGGCUGGAAAAAAUUUGCCGUUGAAAAUUGUUUGAGGAUUGGAGAUGCAUGCAUUUUUGAGCUCAUGGAAAGCAGUGACAAAAAAGUCAUCUUUGAAGUUCAAAUUCUUAGAGGGGACAUCCCAUCCGAAAUUCUUGAAAAUGAAAUGAUCACGGGUCUGAGUCGGGAAAUGCCAAUUGUCCUUAACUAG